ACGGGAGAGGCUUUGGUUUGACUGUGGGAUGAAGCCGAGUAUGCUGAGUGGGGCAGCUGUCAGUGGAGCUGCGGUCUGUGUGUGCAUUAACACGACGACCAUGGUCUGUUAAACCUACUGUUUAUACUGUUUAUGAGCCUAAUAUCAGCCGCAAGUCAUCACCUAUGACACCCAGCUGUCAGCAGAGACACACUGCAGCUCCACAUUGAGUCACUCCGAGACAAACUACACAUACAAAGUCUCCUGCAUGCAAGUAUUAAAAGGUGAGAAGCAAGACGGAGCCAAACGUGAGCCCAGACCACACUCAGCAAACCUGUGAGAUGCUCAGAAACCACCCGACAGGUGAUUUUCAGCACUCAAACAAACCAGUGUGUUAGGACGUGCCCCACUCAUCGCCACUGGGUAGCCCAUGCACAUGCACGACACCAUGGGUAGCUCCCCCGAGGUGCUCUCGUGGACCUCCUGCCCCAGUCUGCUAGUGGGCAAGCUGAAGGAGGAGCUCAAGCUCACUGUGGUUGGGGACGGCAUGAAGAAAUCAAACUCGCCCAACUCCCAACAUCAGCCUCCUCAGGCACCUCCAUCCACCUUACCUCCUCAGAUUAUCACAGACCUGGCCCCGCCGACACACCUGCCCGUUCCCCUGCAGACACUGCAGAUGCCCGGCCAGGAUGAGGACUCAAUGCUCGGGGGUGUGAGUCCCCCAAACACAGCCUUGAGCGUGGACUCGACACGGAGCGAGGGUGGGCACUUUGACAACAGCGUGCUCCAGCUGCAGGAGCAGGACCACGAGGAAGCCGUUUCGCCAGCCUCCUGUGAGCAUGGUGGUUGUGGCAGCGGGAUGGAGGAGCAGAUGGGAGAAGGGGACUGUCCCAUUGAUCACAGUGGAGAGGGAAGGCAAAGCCAUCCCCAUCACCCUGAUGACAUCAAGCUGCACUUUCACAGAGCGGGGCCUGGGUCGGGUGGGUUCCUAGAAGGGCUGUUUGGCUGCCUUCGGCCUGUGUGGAACAUCAUAGGGAAGACGUACUCAACAGAAUACAAGCUACAACAGCAAGACAUGUGGGAGGUUCCAUUUGAGGAGAUUUCAGAGUUGCAGUGGCUGGGCAGCGGAGCACAGGGCGCUGUCUUCUUGGGCAAGUUCCGCUCCGAGGAGGUGGCCAUCAAGAAGGUGCGCGAGCAGAAGGAGACGGACAUCAAACACCUACGAAAACUCAAGCACCCAAAUAUCAUCAGCUUCAAGGGUGUGUGCACCCAGGCGCCUUGUUACUGCAUCAUCAUGGAGUACUGUGCCCAGGGCCAGCUGUAUGAGGUGCUGAGGGCGGGGAGGAAAGUAACCCCCAGGAUGCUGGUGGAUUGGGCCUCAGGCAUCGCCAGUGGCAUGAACUACCUACACCUGCACAAGAUCAUCCACAGAGAUCUCAAGUCUCCCAAUGUUUUGGUCACCCACAACGACACUGUGAAAAUCUCCGACUUUGGAACGUCCAAAGAGCUCAGUGACAAAAGUACAAAGAUGUCAUUUGCGGGUACGGUGGCCUGGAUGGCCCCAGAAGUGAUAAGAAAUGAGCCUGUGUCUGAAAAAGUAGAUAUCUGGUCAUUUGGAGUUGUGUUGUGGGAACUUCUGACCGGAGAGAUUCCCUACAAAGACGUGGACUCCUCGGCCAUCAUUUGGGGUGUUGGCAGCAACAGUCUUCACCUUCCUGUCCCCUCCACCUGCCCGGACGGCUUCAAAAUCCUCAUGAAACAAACAUGGCAAGGCAAGCCCCGGAAUAGGCCUUCGUUUCGUCAGAUCCUCCUACACCUUGACAUUGCCUCUGCUGAUGUCCUAGGAGCUCCUCAGGAGACCUACUUCAAGUCUCAGGCAGAAUGGAGGGAGGAAGUGAAGAAACAUUUUGAGAAGAUCAAAAGUGAAGGCACCUGUAUCCACAGGCUGGACGAGGAGCUGAUCCGACGCAGGCGGGAUGAACUCAGGCAUGCACUGGACAUCCGGGAGCACUAUGAGAGGAAGCUGGAGAGAGCCAACAACCUAUACAUGGAGCUCAGUGCCAUCAUGCUGCAGCUGGAGGUCCGAGAGAAGGAACUAAUGAAGAGAGAGCAGGCAGUGGAGAAGAAAUAUCCCGGUACCUAUAAGCGGCACCUGGUCAGACCCAUCGUCAGGUCCAACGCUGUAGAGAAGCUCAUCAAGAAGAAAGGAAGCAUGUCCCACAAACCUGGGAUGCCCACUGCUAAAAGGCCAGACUUGCUCCGUUCUGAUGGCAUCCCCAGCCUCGACCCUCUCCCCUCGCCCUCGCCUCUAUCAGCCAGCCCGAAGAUCUCCACGCCUCCUGGCAAAGCCCGCUACCGAAGCAAGCCUCGUCACCGCCGAGCCAACAGCAAAGGAAGCCACAGCGAGUUCCCCGGGGUGCUGAAGCCUCUUGCUGGAGCACCAGAGGAUGCCCAGUCGCUCCAGGAGCAGCCGUUCCUCCAUCACCACCACCACCACCCGCCCCCCGAGGGGCCCUUCCUCCUCUUGAAGGGCCGCGAGGAGGCCGUUGUCAACUGUGCCAACAACCUGCGCUACUUUGGCCCCGCUGCUGCCCUCCGUAGCCCUCAGACAGACCACCUGCAGCGGCGUGUUUCUGGCUCUAGCCCUGACCUUAUAUCAACUGCUGUGGAUGCGGACACACGACAGCGGACUUCAUCCACCAGCUCCAAUCCUGUUUCAGGUGCUGGUUCUUUGUGUCCCUGUUGCCAGGCUCACCCGUUCCCUGGCUGUCUACACUGUCAGGAGACCCCUCCUGCAUCAAACCACCCAGAGUUGCCCCACUAUUCCCUGCUCAACACCCAGGAAAGCUCCCCAUCCUCUUUAGGGGCUCCCAGCAAAGAUCCCACCUCAGACGGGGAAGUCACAAAGAAGGCUGAGCCACAGGAACAAGAAGCGUCCCAACGCACUCACAACCUCCUCACUGCUCUGCCCCGCACUCUCAGACCUCUCAGGAAGGCUGGCGAUGAGUCAUCUGAAGAGGAGGAGGGGGAGGUUGAUAGUGAAGUGGAGUUUCCAAGGAGACAGAGACCUCAUCGCUGUAUGAGCAGCUUCCAGUCCUACUCCACCUUCAGUUCAGAGAACCUGUCAGUGUCUGAUGGAGAGGAGGGAAACACCAGCGACCACUCCCACAGCGGGCCCCUGGAGAGGCUGAGCGCCAGUCAGGAGGAACACCUGGAUGAGCUACUGUCGCACACACCCGACAUCCCCAUUGACAUCUCCACCCAGUCAGACGGCCUCUCUGACAAGGAGUGUGCCGUCCGUAGGGUGAAGACCCAGAUCUCACUGGGGAAACUGUGCUCCGACGAACACAGCUACGAGAAUCCACUGCAGUUUGGGGACUCAGACUGUGAUUCAUCAGAAGCAGAGUGCUCCGAUGCUACCAUUAGAAACAACAAAGUCGGGGCUCCCUCCUCGUGGUGAAACCCGCCCCAGGGCUCGGUUCUGUUUUUGCCUGGAGGCCAUUGUGUCCCACUCUGCCCUGCAGAAAAUACAGCAAUAAGAGGACGACAUUGUAAACAUAGCUCCUUAUAGCAAAGCCCCAUGCAAUCUCUCCCAGAACCUCCCCCCCAGAACAAACCUUCCCUUCAUGAAACCCCCCCAUUCCCCCCCUCAUCUCUAGCACAGCAUCCAGGCAACCCAUGGCAGGGAUUCCCUUUUCAAUGAUACUGUACAGUAGAUAGUGUAACAUUCAUAAUUUAUUUUUGUCUGAGUUUUGAAGGAAAAUUCAGGACAUCUGUAAUUCUCUGAUCUGAACAGAGAAAAAAACUGACAUUUUGAAACUGAGCAUGGGCUAAGUGUGUGUGAUGAUUAUGACGAUGAGAAGGAGGAUGUGUUGAAGCGCUGAUGCAUCAGUGUGGAGUUACAUCGCUGCGAUUGUCGGUCUCAGGUGACUGACGCAGACAAAGGAGCGUCACUACAAGCCUAUCAUCGCCCUCAGCAUAUUACUGUUUUAGAUGGAAAUCCCCAACCAACAAGGACCCCCUCUUACUGACGUAAGAUCAACCUGCUUUCUCAUAGUUUACAGUGCAGAGCCCCAGUCCCCUGCCUCUCCCACUCCCAUCCCGUCCCCACCACGGAGAGUGGGGAACAGGGAGCUCAUGAAAAACAGUGUGAACACCAGCAUGAACAACCUGCCUCGCAACUGGACUCCCUCCCUCCUUAGAAACCACCACGUGUCUAAGUCAGUCAUCGGGAACCCAGCUAAACUGUCCAAGCAUGCCGGUGCAGCGUUGCAGAAAAAAUGCAAACGCUGCCAGAAGACUGCAUGAAGUGGACAAGCUAGCAGAGCAACAGAGAUGAAGAGUCGUCUGAGAGCUGAGGAGAAGACAAAACAAACAAAAAUAACAGACUCUUCCUCUGUAACCCAGCUCAUCCUUCUCUGAGACACGCCAACGUCAUUGUCAUCAUCAAUCAGAUGUCAUGACCAGAGUCGUUUAGGGAGUUGUCAGUGAGUGUGUGUGAGUGUGAGUGUGUGUGUGUGUGUGUGUGUGUGUGUGUGUGUGUGUAUGAACACAGAGCCCUUUCCUCUCCAUUAGACAUUACAGUUUCAAGUCUCAUCUCAGGAUUGUUCGCGGACUGUGAGAAACUGGACCGGACCAAUUGUUGUAUGUAGGAAUCUUCUUCGAGUGGCACAUAAUACGGACCAUACAGGAAUAUUUAAAGAAAAGGUCUUACAGAUAGCCUUGAUGUUCAACCCUUUAUUGCUGUAACAGACAUUAAUGUCAUGUAGAGCGUUUUUAGUUGCAAUCCAGGUGCAGUAUCCCGUUUCUUGAAUCCACUAGGUGCAGCAUCUCCCAUCUACCAUUUUCUAGCAGGGUAAUUUCUACUGUCUGACACGCAACGUCCAAAAAUAACAAUUGUUUUCUGUGCUGUAGUGAAAAAAACAGCAAUAAUGUAGGUUGGCGCUCAGGUGAGAAAGAAGUUGCUUGCUCAGGAUCCGGGGCGUCUAGCUGGCUAGACACGAUACAGUGACUGGUGGCUAGAGGAGAGCAGCAAGUGUCGAACUGGUUAUUGAUAUAGAUGAUAUAUUUUUUAAAUGGUCCCAUUUUUAUGAACUGGCCUUUCCGGGGGUUUGAUGCUCAGGUUUUAUGUUGCCGAUUGAGAGCAGGAGCAAUAUAUCAACAGCCACUAGAUGGCGACAGUUACAAUGACUUACUUUUCCUUUUGUUAUGUAAAAGUCCUGACUGACUGAUUCCUUUUCUUUUUUUUUUACCCAGGGUAAUUUAUCUGAUGUUUCCCAUCACCAUAGAAUCACAGCAAUAUUACAAUUUUUGACUUGUUGUCUUUGAAAAGGGAUACUGCACCUGUGAGAGCUUUGCUUUUUACCCCUAUUAGAGUGUUUGUCAUCCACCUUAAUGAUUCUGCGGUUAAAAAAAAAAAAAAGAAAAAAAAAAAAGAGCCAGCCAGGGUUGAAUUUAACGAUAAUGAUGUCAAGAUGCCAGCUCAAAUGUACGCAGGCGGCUGAGAUUCUAAGUUAGGAAUAUAAGCCAGAGACGAGGCCACAGAGCAAUCAAGCUGCUCUUGGUUUUCAGCAACCUCAUCUCAGUGUUAGUUACUCCUGUAUAUAAACAUCUGUAAAUGUAAUCUGUUAUUGUCCUCUCUCUCUGAUGUACCGCACAGCGCUGACAGAGCCCUCUGUCACUGAUGACCAGCCCCGACUGGUUGAAAAUGAGCAGGAAAUUCUUUCAUCUGUAUUACAUCAGUAUUGAACACUGCAGGAGGGUGUGAGUCACGAGAACCGAGUAGCACAAGGUGAAUCUAAAACUGUACUGACGGAUCAAUUACCUUUUGCUUGAAAGCUUUGGAAAGGCUUACACCUGGUACCGAAAGCAGCUGCUGCCUUUCCUCGAGCCUCCUUCUUCACUCUGUUUACGUACGUGUGAAAUAACCUAGUGUAUUGUAAUGACUGGGUGAUCCGAUCAAGCUGUUAAUAACAUUGUCUUUCUGGCAUAUAUCCUGUGAAGUAUGAUUGUUGUAAAGUUUUAAUUUAAUUUUUGAUUGUUUUUUUUCUUUGUAGCUGGCCUACAUGAUUAUUGAGUUAAUUUAUUAUGAAUGACUGGUAAGGUGUUCUUUUUAAUUUCAGGCAGCUUUAGAAAGUCAUGACCUAUGAUUUCUCCUAAAGUAUUAUUUAAAGGAAGCACAAUGAAUUGGUGUGGGAAGAGGACAGUAUUUGUGUGGCAGAACAAAAGCAUUGUCAUAUCACGGGCAUCAUUUUUGUCUUUGUGACCCUGCAAGGGACCAUCCAUCAUUUAGAUCAUUAAGUAUUGAUUUAGCAGACUUCACAUCGGUAAUUAGCCACAUCAGGAGUUCCUAAAGCUUUUUUCUUAUCUCGACAUAAGCUAUAAGGAAUCACUUCUAGUGCAACCAAAAGCCAGUCAGUGCACUGUCACAGCAGGGUAAAUGAGACGUUAAGCGUGAAGGCACGUGUGAUGCCGAUUUCUGUACUUCUGCAGAGAUCCCUUCCUCUCGUUUUUAAUCAAAAUACCAGUUACUUACAUCUGAAUUUCUGUGAAAUUGUCUCUAACGGUAGACAUCAUGUUGCCUCAUCCCAUGUAUCAAACAUCUGUUUCUUUGUUACUCUCAUUUCCAACUCCCUUUCCUGUUGAAUGGCAUUACGAUCAACCAAUCCUGUCAGUUUCCUGUAUUAUCCAGUGUACAGUGCAAUGGGUAUCUGGGAGAAUAAAAUCAGAGCAAACAACUGCAUGGAAUAAAUGCUGAUGUACUGUACCCAACA